AUGAAUCUUUUAUCGUGUAUUGGUCGUCAGGAACAGGAAGGACCAGCGGCUGAGACUCCGAAUAUUGAUCAAAUUCGUGCAUUUCUUAGUCGUUUUCAAAAUGAUCCAAAUACGGACAAGAGCUUUAUUAGUCGUCCAAAUUCAACUGAACUUUGUGAAUGGUCUAAAAAAGUGUGCGAAUACCUCCCAAGUGUUGAUGACCAACCUGCAGAACAAGCCAACAAUGUCAAACAACAUUUUUCCGCUAUAAAACAAUUUUAUAAUGUUAUCCAACAACAAAAUUGGACACAAAUACCUGCUCCCAUUCAAACAUUCUUCAAUAGUUUACAAAUUUAUGAAACAAUAUCGGGUUUAGCUUGUAUUAUGUUUGAAGAACAUCCUGAUAUCAUGAAAGUAAUUGAAAAUCAACUACAAGAAGCACGAGAAGCCAUUGAACAAUAUCGUAGUGUUGGUUUCAUUGGUUUACUAUGUUGUGGUUCAGGAAUGAUAUUAGCUCGUUUUAAUACAUUUUUACGUAUUAUUGAUGAAAAAUUGCAAGAUUUAGGUAUUGGACGGUUAUUAGAAUUUUUACAACAAUUAUUAGACGUAUUUUGUAAAUAUUUUCAAAUUGAUAUGUCAAAUAUUCAUGAUCUACAAAAAAUAGCUCAAAAUGUUCGAGAUCUAAUUGCACAAGUUGGACAAAAAUUAAGUGUAGUUUUUGGACGAUUAGCUAUUACGGGUGAUCAACGCUCAACAGAUGACAAAUUUGCACCAUUGGAAAUAACGGGAAAAAUACAUCGAAAACUAUCGAAAUUUGGUACUCAAGCACCAAUCGUAGACAAAGCAUUAACAUCAUUUGAGCGAUUUUAUACGGCAAUUAAUAAAGUUGAUGAUAAUCUCAUUAGAAAACAACAACAACUAAAAUCAUCAUCACAGCCAACUACGACUGAACAUAGUCUUCGCAGUACUAAUGAUACUGUUGAUCCUGAUUUUCGUCGGGAAAAUGCUUUACAAUUAGAAACAACGAGUACAAUUGAAGAAGUAUCUGUUAUUGGAAAAAUGAUGCAAAGUAUUGAAUUAGUUCUAACCUACGGUAUUUUAAUUUUGAAAAAUGAAGAUGAUGUACUGAAACCAUUAAGUGAUCAUGUUGACGAUUGUACAAAAAUUCUUGAAACCUAUGCCCAUUUACAUCCACUGUACAAAAUAAUAUGUGGUAAAAAUUAUUUGAGUAAAUUAAAAGUAUUUAUUAAUAAAAUUGUUGAUUUAUUAAAAUCAUCAAAACUGAAAUUAAAUUCUCCAGAUGAAUUUUUACAAGAAUUAAAAGAACGUUAUCCUGAUCUAUUACGAUUUUUGGCCGAUGAUUUAAUUGAACAAACAUAUAAAAAACAUAUUGCCGAUAAGUUACCCGAAUCAGUGGAAAAUAUACUUGAUGAUGCAAUGAAAAAUAUUAUGGGAAAAUUUAGUUCAAAAUUUUAA